AUGAAGUCUGGGGGCAAAGUUGAGAUGGUGUCAGCUUUCUACAGCCUGUUCCAUGGGAAGCAGCUCUUGACACUCAUUGCGCUGGUAAUGUUUGCCACCCUCUCCCUGAUCGUCACUGCAUCUGUGAGCUCCCAAGGGCUGCGCACGACUCUCCUAGGAUAUGGCGAUUUCGCUGGGGGCCUACUUGCGAGUGACGAAGCGGAUAGAACGGCGCAGGAUGGGGCGGAGCAUUUGAACCACAGCUUUGCACUGAGAUUCAACGGAACGGAGGCAAUGCGGCCGAUGCAAGAGCUCGGGGAUUCGAUCAUUCCCGCCUUGUAUGCGUCGCACAGAUACAAGGAGAUGCGUGACAAGUAUCCAGGAAGCAAAUUCUUUAUCCGGCGGCCGAUCCCGGUGGUGGGCACUCCGGUGCUGAACAACGGACACUGGCUGAAGCGCCUCGUGUACAGCAUCGAUGUACCGGUGCGCAUGAUUCAGAUCAUCGUUGGGACUAUGCCGGGCUCUAAGACCAUGGACACGUCUGUAAGGGACGCGCUUGAGGAGCUCAACCAGAGGCUGCCCCCGGGUUUCUUGUCCGUCGUUGACAUGGGCUGUAACAUGGGCUCCGGCGGCGGGUGGAACGCAGUCUUCGAGCACAACUUAGACGCGCCCUGGUACCUUCUGGUCAGCGGUGACGUGGCAUUCGCCCCCGGCGCGCUCGCGCGCAUUCCCGACGAGCUGGAGGACCCGCAGAACGAGAAGAUCUUCGCGUUCAUGUACUCGCAGUUCCGCUUCUUUGCGCUGCGGAGGGAGGCGCUCGACCUGGUGGGCGUGUGGGACGAGAACAUGUGGCCGUCCUACUACGACGACAACGAGUACCAAGCGCGCAUGGAGCGCGCGCAGGCGCUCACGCCGGGCGUGCAGCGCAUCUGCUACAUCGGGGAGCCGAUGCCCGACGGCCGUCGAUUCGAUGAACCAGCGCACAUCCACGGCGGAAGCGAGUUGCUCGGGCCGUACGCUGACGUCUGGCUGGAAGAGGGGGCGGAGCGAAUCUCGGGGGCGCUGCGCGCGGAGCCCAGGUUGGCUGCCCGGAAGGGUCCUUCCGGGUUCAACUCUCUGCGGUUCAUGAUGAACAAGUACAACUUCUCGUAUUGGGAAAUGAAGCCGAAGGAGCAGCUCGAAAUCAGCUGGCGCCUUCCCUUCAACAACCCAGAGAGGGGGAUCCCCCGCUGGGUGCUCGACCCAAUGGUGCGCGCGGUGCAGAUGUCGAUUUGGAACCUGGACAACGACAUGUUAAAUGCCGUUUGGGAGCGGUAUGAUUUUUCGGGGAUGCUCCCGGGGGACACGCGGACCGACCCGGAGCGCGAGUGGAAGGACACGCACGGGAACGAGCUGCAGAUGGUGCUGCCACGUGGCAUCAAGUUCAACACCGAAGCAUUUAUUGCGGCGCAGGGCCCGCAAUGCGUGUCGGGCUUCGCGGCCGCGCAGGGGCUCGUGAGCAACUUGUUGAAGAUCCAAAGGGGCGGGACGCCCGAAUGA